GAGGCCUCUUUGUUAGUUUUCCCUUUGCUACGUCAGUUAAUUCGAUCGAUCCUUCGUUGAGAGUCAGAGCCGAGGGAAUCUCAGUUGUAUCACCUAACCACAUUAUGGCUCAAGAGCAACAACCCCUUGCCUACCCACCACCCCAGGCAGGUGGCCCAGGUGCUCCACCAGGAGCUUACCCACCUGGAGCCGUUGGUGCCCCUCCUGGGGUCCCUGGUGCCCCUGGAGCUCCGGGACAGUGGAUGCAGGCUCCUGCUCCUCCUAGCAACUGCCCUCCAGGUCUAGAGUACCUGACCCAGAUUGACCAACUUCUUGUUCACCAGAAGACAGAACUCUUAGAAGCUUUCACUGGUUUUGAAACUGCUAACAAGUAUGAGAUCAAGAACACGGUCGGACAGCAAGUCUACUUUGCGGCAGAAGACAGCGAUUGCUGUACCAGAAAUUGCUGUGGAAAGAGCCGCUGUUUUGACAUGAAGAUUCUUGACAACACGCAACGAGAAGUGAUUCAUAUAGAGCGCCCUCUAAGGUGUACUACCUGCUGGUGUCCCUGCUGCCUCCAGACCAUCACCGUUAGCUCGCCACCAGGUACCGUGAUUGGCUACGUCAACCAAUCCUGGAGCAUCUGCUUUCCAAAGUUCGCCAUUCAGAAUGAGAACCACGAAACCAUUCUGCGCAUCGAUGGACCGCUCUGCCAGUGGAACUGCUGCGGAGAUGUUGAAUUUGAUGUGAUGUCUGCUGACGGUAGUUCAAAGGUUGGCAAGAUCUCCAAGCAAUGGACUGGAUUCAUCAAGGAAGCUUUCACCGAUGCGGAUAACUUUGGUGUUUCCUUCCCAAUGGACCUCGACGUCAGGAUGAAGGCUGUUACCCUGGCUGCUACCUUCCUCAUUGACUUCAUGUUCUUUGAACAGUCUGGUAACAAGAAUGAUCAGAACAAUGCAGGAUUCGUCAGGAACUAAAACCAUAGUUGGCUACCAAUCACUACUUAUUAUCACCCUUCAAUUGGCAACAAGGUCACCUCAAACUAUACAUCAUACCAUGGAGGAAGUUAAUAUUUAAACAUUGGGAUCAUAAUAAUGAUUUGACAAAUAAAAGCUUUCUGUAUUCUUAUAUAAUCAGUUAAAUUUGAAAUUAAUAUUUUACCAUGUUUAGAUUUGUCUCUUUUUUAUCAUAUGUAUCAUUAAAUUGUAUGUGAUCAUUAUGGAUUACUAUUUUUCUAUUCUUUAAAUGGUUCAGUGGCUGAUAUCUGUUUGUCUUGCACAUCUCCUUUUUACAAACAUAAUUUUAGCCUGUAUGUUUACAUUGCCAUUUGGAUUAGAGGGUUUGAAAUUUGUAUCUCAAUCCAAGAUAGCAUCUUGAGAUUAUUCAUACAUGCUACUUGUACAUGUAGAUGAUCAGAAUUCUUACAAGAAUGAAACUUACAACUGUACUGUUCACUUUUAAAACUCGUAUAGAUUGUACUUAAAUUUAACUACUGGUAGAAAUAUCCUGUAUAUGGGACCAACGCGUACUGUCUAAAUCCCCUUUCACUAUAAUUAUUAUUCAUAUUGUUUUGUAUCAGUUAUACAUACAUUUAUCUAAAGUCCAUUUGUUUUUGCUUUACCUGAGGCCAGUAUGAAAAUUACGUGUUUUUAUUUCAUCUUGUAAAGUGAAAAUAGCCAUAUAAGGAUCAGCGUUAAAACAAAUUAUUGCUGUUGCACAUUUCUCCAUAGUCAGGGGGCUGUUACACUGAGAUGAGGUGUGACUUGAAAUUGUUCUUAAAUUCCUAUUUACCUUCAGUAUAUAGCACAUUUUUAUUCACAUAUUAAUCUAUCAUCAUCAUUACAUGUAUACCGCAUCACAGCAUUUGAUAAUUGAUCACACUUGGAAGACACACACUACUGCAUAUUCAUCAGUGAGACGAUCAUGCAUGUGGUCGGCCAUUGAGCAUUGCUUUAAAUGACACGUGUGAAACAGUCCCCAGUUUGUUUCAUUAAACUUUCCCCAAUUGAGCUUUGUGGUAUAAAGAAUAGACAUGAUAUGUUUCUUGUCAUAUAUAUGAUAUUGGGGAGAUUAUCUCAAUUCAAUUCUCUGUUUAAAUUGAUAGAUCUGUGUAUAUGCUAGAGUGUUCUUUAGUGUAGUGUACAUUAUGUGAUGGCAAUAUGUAUAGCAUCAAAUAAUGUAUGUGUUGUGGUUAAAUCUUAAUUUCUUUUUUAUUUACAUGUAUCCAUGUGGGAACAUGAUUAUAUUAUUUCAUGAUUAUCACGUUUAUAAGUUUUGUUUAUAUUGUAGCACAAAGUUGAGCCAUUAUUAGAUAGCAAUAAAAAUGCAAAAUAACAAAUUCUCAAAAUUUGUUAUAGAAUAAAUGAUUAUGAACCCCUCUCUAUUUAAAGACCCUCAUGUGUUAGGUCUUCCGUUUUAAUUAAGAUAUUGAUUAAUUAUCGUAUGAUAUAUUUAGUUGAUUAAGGGUUAUUUUCUUCCAAGCUUAUUUAAAUAUGAAAACUAUUUGUGAUUGCUUCUUUAUCCUUUGGGAGAAAGGAAUGAAUAUUUCAACAACAAAAAAUUAGGAGGUCUUGUCGUUCCUGAAAUACAACUCUUUGCUCCAAUUUUGUGGUUUACAUAAAGGUUAUUUUGGGAGGCAUUAUUACUUAAUUGGCCACAGAUAAUCAAGUAAAAGCUGAUUUAUUUCAAAAGAAUUGUUUUUAUUCAUUUCAUGCUGGCAGGCUGUGAUAUGAUAAUAAUAAAAUGUAUGAGUUAAUUUAAUCCAACUGGUACAAUGGAUAAAGUGAUUUGUAUCAUGUUACACAAGCAACUUCAAACUCAACCAUUUAUUGUAAAGAUUAGUUAAUAGAAAACUGUGAAUUAGUGAAUAAGUAAACAAUUAUGAAAAUAUGAAGUUGAAAAAUAAUGAAGUUGAAUCUAUGUAAUGUAUUCUGUAAUUGAUUGUUUAAGUGUAGAGAAAAUAGUGUUUCAUUGUAUGUGUAGUUCAUUAUUUUAUUUACUGUAUAUUAGAUGCUGGGUAUAUUUAGCAUUAUAAUAAUUUUACAUGUAUGUGUCUUUCAUGUUAUAUAUAUUAUGAAAAUAAAUGUGAA